GGCAUAAGGCUCAGUAUAAAAGCAUCCAUAUUAUGUUCAGGUCAACAAACAUUCGUGUCCUGUCCGCGAGUCAACAUGAAAGCGUUUUUGAUAUUAGCAGCCGUAGCAGCCAUCGGCUCGGCCAGACCCGAGGGUUACUCCUAUAACGCUCCUGGCGGAGGGCUCUCCUCGGGCAGUCUAUACACUAGCAUUCGCGGCUUCGGCAGUGGAGGCAUUGGCGGAUUCUCUUCAGGAGGCAACGGGUUCUCUUCAGGAGGCAGCGGUUUCUCUUCAGGAGGCAGCGGUUUCAGCGGUGGCUUCGGCGGCGGUUACGGCAUCGGCGGAACCACCCUUGUCCAAAAACACAUCUACGUCCACGUCCCACCUCCAGAAACUGAAGAACAACACCCUCAGAUCUUAGGAGGAGGCGUCCCCCAGAAACACUACAAAAUCAUCUUCAUAAAAGCCCCGUCUCCACCUGCACCUAUCACACCUGUUAUCCCAGCUCAAGCUCAGAACGAAGAGAAGACACUUGUAUACGUGUUGGUGAAGAAACCAGAAGAACAGGGUGAUAUUACUAUACCUACUGCCGCGCCUACCCAGCCCUCUAAGCCUGAGGUUUACUUCAUUAAGUAUAAGGCUCAGAAGGAAGGCGGUAUCGGGGGUGGAUCUAUCGGUGGCAUUUCUGGCGGUAGCAUUGGCGGUCACAUUUCUGGAGGAUCUGUAGGCUCUGCUUAUGGAGCCCCUGUCCAAUCCGGCUCAUACUAAAUUUAGCUUAUGGAGCCCCCAGUCAGUAAAGCUCAGACCCAUAGUAAAUUUAAGGCAAAGUGCCUGUUUGUUAUCAAUUCGAUUAUGUAUUUCUAAGGCAUAAAUCGAUUAUAUGAGCAUUGAAAUAUUCGAUUAGCCAACCAACUACCUAGUCGAUUAGUUUCGAGAACCGAAUAUUAGCAAAUAAUCAUUAGUUCACCUAUUGCCAGAGAUUUAGUUUUAAGACGAACCAAAGUCAAAAGUAUGCUUAAGACACAGUACUGCAAAAUUAUUAUAGCCGCCAUUUUUGUUAGCUGAAGAAGGCGCUAUACGCCCUCAUACUUUAAGGGCCCUCCACACUCGUUCGCGAAUCGCGGCGCGAAGCCGCGAACGCGAGUGUGUAGUGUAGUUCGCUAAUCAGCGAAAUCGACUCCACACUUGCGUUCGCGGCUUCGCUCCGCAUAGUGUGGAGCGGGCUUUACGUAGUAAU